UCUGUCUAACACAGCUUUUAAGCAGGACUCGGGUAACAAAUUGUUUCCCAGGUCAGCCUCGCAGAGACACAACAGUGCCCUCCCUGGCUGGGGAGAGGCUGAGAGGCACGGAGCAUUUGUCUGGGACCACACGGCGUGACAUCAGUCAGGGUGGGUGGGUUGCUCUUCUAUCCUCUCAGCCUGAAACUUGAUGCAGCAGAGGCGACUGAUUGCAAGAUUAAUUAGGCAUUUUCAGAACCCUGACAGUCGGGGGAAAGCGAACAAAAAGUGCUGCCUGCUUCCCGGACGAGGUUCACUUUAUCUGCAGCAGGAAGGCUGGAGAGAGUGCAAAGGGAGUGACCGCAGACAAGAGCCAGGAGACUCGCCUGCAUGUGGAAUAGCUAAGCCAGUGCCUGGGACCCACUGAACCAGCACCAUGGUGCUCCCGGCUUGGUGGGCAUUGCUCACCCUGGCCCUGGCUGCCUUCGAGCUGCAGAGUGAAGCUGCUCGUAGAGGGAAGAACAGGACGCUGGAUACAGCCAAGCCAGCCCUGCUCCAGCUCUCUGAGCACCUGCUGACUCAUUACAACAAGGGCGUCCGGCCAGUUCGGGACUGGAGGACAACCACCAACGUGGCCAUUGACGUCAUGGUCUAUGCCAUUCUCAACGUGGAUGAAAAGAAUCAGGUGCUGACAACCUACAUCUGGUACAGACAGCACUGGAUCGACGAGUUCCUCAAGUGGGACCCCGAGGACUUUGAUAACAUCACGCAGGUGUCCCUGCCCACCGAGAGCAUCUGGGUGCCCGACAUCCUCAUCAACGAGUUCGUCGACGUGGGCAAGUCCCCCGACAUCCCCUACGUGUACGUCCUGCACCAAGGGGAGGUGCAGAACCUCAAGCCCAUCCAGGUGGUGACCGCCUGCAGCCUGGACAUCUACAACUUCCCCUUUGACGUGCAGAACUGCUCGCUCACCUUCACCAGUUGGCUGCACAACAUCCAGGACAUCAACCUCUCGCUGUGGCGGCAUCCUGAUCAGGUGAAGUUCGACCGCAGCGUCUUCCUGAACCAGGGGGAAUGGGAGCUGCUCUGCGUGCUCAGCCACUUCCGCGAGUUCAGCGUCCAGGGCAGCGACAGCUACCCCGAGAUGAAGUUCUACGUCGUUAUCCGGAGACGCCCCCUCUUCUAUGCCGUCAGCUUGCUGCUCCCCAGCAUCUUCCUCAUGGUCAUGGACAUUGUGGGCUUCUACCUGCCUCCAGACUGCGGCGAGAGGGUCUCCUUCAAGAUCACCCUGCUGCUGGGUUACUCCGUCUUCCUGAUCAUCGUCUCCGACACGCUGCCGGCCACUGCCAUUGGCACCCCACUCAUAGGCAUCUACUUCAUCGUGUGCAUGGCCCUGCUCGUCCUCAGCCUGACCGAGACCAUCCUGAUCGUGCGGUUGGUGCACAAGCAGGACCUGCAGCCCCACGUCCCUGACUGGGUCAAGUGGCUGGUGCUGGACCGAGCCACCGUCCUGCUCUGCUGCCGUGACAGGAAGCAGUUCAGCCCCAUGUGGGCGCAGAGCGCCGAGAGCACCCGGCACUUGGAGAGCAAUGACAGCUCAACCAAGCUGAACCACUACAGUGGCGAGACCCCCCAGGAGUACGAGGGGGCAGGAGGCACGAGGCCCAUGCUGACCACCCUGGCCCGUGGGGAGAGCCCAGCCAUGAUGCACAGCAUCCUCCAGGAGAUCAUUUCCAUCCGCCACUUCCUGGAGAAGCGGGAUGCUUCCCGCGCCAUCGCCUGCGAGUGGCUGCAGGUGGGCUACGUGCUGGAUGCCCUGCUCUUCCGCGCUUACCUGGUGGCCGUGCUGGCCUACAGUGUCACACUGGGCACACUCUGGUCCAUCUGGCAGUAUGCCUGAGCCGUGCCGGCAGCAGGGAUGGGGUGCUCCGAGGCUGAAGCUUCAACAGGGGGACUCUUGGUCCUCAGACUCACCUGCGUAUCGUGACCCAGGACCUCAGGUGGGCAGGCUGACCACUCCGAGCUGGCUCAGGAUUGAGUCUCAGCUGGCCUCCAGAGGCGAUAGCUGGGGAAGGAUGACCAGGUGCUGGUUAAUUCCUCACCAGGACUAAACCUUUGCCUCGCCCCAUUUCCAAUCCCUGGGGAACUCCUUCCCCAUUCUCCUGCUCCCUGCACACUCCCCCACUCACCCUCCAUGGCUGACCCAUCGCUCCCCUCCCUCUGGACAUCCCCAGGUAGAGGCUGGCAUCUCCCUACACCCCACUGCAGCACCAGUCUCUGCCCAGAGCUUAUGGCUGGAGGUCCACCUACCCCGCCCCCCUGCAUGGCACCUCUGCACCUUGCUGGUUCCUCUGAGACCCAUGCCAAUCCAUAUGCCUUUCCAAGCCUGCCCUUGAAUAAGCACAAUUGCUGCCAGGCUUCAUUUGCUUAAUGCCUCUCUCUAGGUGGCUGUCAAGGAUGCUCCCAGGCCCCUUGACAGCCCAGUUAGUUGGUCCCCAGCAACUGGUGCACUAUGAUGCCUUUAAGUGUUGCACCUGAAACCCCCUGGAAUGCAAAACCUCUCCUUUGCCCCAGCCCAGGACAUGGCACCAAAUAAAGUGGGUUUAACUACA